AUGGCAACAAGAGAGGUUAAUAAGCCUCAGUCACUUCCUCCUUACCCUGAGAUGAUACUGAAGGCUCUUGAUGCGUUGAAUGAAGCAAACGGGUCAAACAAAUCAGCGAUAGCAAACAACAUAGAGUCGAUUUACGGUGAACUACCAGAAGGCCAUGCAGUUCUUCUUAGCUAUCAUCUGAACCAGAUGAAAGAGAGUGGUGAGCUAGUUUUUGCAAAGAACAACUACUCAAGGCCUGAUCCAAGUGCUCCACCCAAGAGAGGACGUGGUAGGCCUCCAAAGGCGAAGGAUCCACUGGCCUCACCACCUUCAUCUGUUGUGUCCCCACCGAGGCCAAGGGGUCGUCCACCUAAGGAUCCUAAUGCAGGACCGAAGACUCCCAAGACUUCUGGAAGUGGUAGGCCAAGGGGCAGGCCGAAGAAGAUUGCGAGGACUGAGGAUGCUGAUGUUUCAACUCCAAGUCCUGUUAGUGUUGCUGCUGUGAAUGUUGAUGUUGUUGUGCCAUGUGUUGCUGCUGUUCCUACUUCGAGUGGGAGACCAAGGGGUAGGCCUCCUAAGGUGAAGCCUCAGUUGACACAAGUGAGUGUGUCGUAG